CCAAUCGCAGGAGGAGCGCGGGGUCUUGCUGUCAGAAAAAGCGCCAAGUGAUAUGAAUCCUGGGUUGCAAUGUAACAUUGUACUCAAAAUUUUGGAUAACUCCUUCAUGAACAUGUGUUAUGCAUUGGAGUGGGUUGAGUAAAAGGCUGAGAGCAAUCGAUCACAUUACCUGAAGACUAAAAUGCCUGGGCUACAGAGUGACUGCACUGUGGCGGCUGCUGCCAGCCCUCUCAAGAAGAGCCGGCUGUCUCUUAAAUUCUUCCAGAAGAAAGAGACAAAACGUGCCUUAGAUUUCUCUGACGCGCUCGUGGAAGAACAGAAGACCACAGAACCGGAGGGACCUGACAUUCCGAAAAAUGACUGUGAUCAGGUGGUCCCGGACCCACACCAACCCCCCACUCUUCCCUGUGAGAGAAGAGAGAACCUCAUGCCAUUUGUUGGCUUGAACAAUCUUGGGAACACCUGUUAUCUGAACAGCGUUCUGCAGGUGCUAUACUACUGCCCUGGGUUUAAAGAUGGCAUUAAGAAGUUGUACAAUUUGUUGUCAAAAAUGAAAGAGACGCUGAAGAACGAUGCUGUAAAAAGUGAGCUGCAGGGUGUUGAGGCAGAUUUGCCAGUGAACAUGGAACUGCUGGGGAGUUUUCACAACCUGAUCCUCUCAGUGGAGCAGCUUCAGUCCAGCUUCCUGCUCAAUCCCGAGAAGCACGGAGACGGAGAUCUCGCCACCCCGCCACGCAGACUGCUCAACGUACUCCGACAGCUGAACCCUAUGUAUGAGGGAUACUUACAGCAUGAUGCCCAAGAGGUGCUCCAGUGCAUUCUUGGAUACAUUCAGGAAGCUUGUGAGACCAUAAAGGAGGAGCACAAGAGUGACGUUUCUGCUGAACAGCCUCAGGCUACAGAAGAGCAGCCUCGGGAUACAGACGAGCAGCCUCAGCAUCUGCAGGCAGAGGGAGCCACAGAACCAGAGACCACCACUCCUGAGGUCACCGGUGGCACGGCUGAGAGUCAGCUAAAGGACCCGGAGCAAGAGGAAAACCUGGAGGGCCAAGUGAAUGGGAAGAGGAAAAGCGACACUGAGGCAGGUAACGCCAAGAAGAAGUCCAAAACCAAAAAAUGCACAGAGAACCCUGGGUAUUUAACCCAAUCAAAGCGCAAGUCCUCCAGCGGCAUCAGCGUGGAGAGCCCCACAGAGGAUGUCAAGGUAAAGGAGGAGAAAGAGGAGGAGGAGGAGGAGAAGAGCAAUCUGGAGGGCAAGGGUGACGGUACCCCAGAAGGGCCAAACAAGAAGAAACGGCGUUCCAGGCUGAGCUGGCUGAAGCCCUCUGGGAAACAGCCCAGCAUCUUCUCCAAGUUCCGCAGCAUGGGCCGGAUCAGCGCCCACGUGGGAGCCAAAGUUGAGGCCGGCCCCGAAGAGGAGAGGGUCGCCCUCCUGUCCUGCAAGGCCGAGGAGGCACCGGCCCAGCCAGUCCAGAAAGCAACAGAGAAGAAAAGAGAAGACAAGGAAGAAGACGCGCACAGCUUGGACCUGAUGGAGCGGAUGUUCCAAGGUCAGCUGGUCCUGCGGACACGUUGUCUGGAGUGCGAGCGCUACACUGAGAGGCGGGAGGACUUCCAGAACAUCAGCGUGCCCGUGCAGGAGGACGGGCCCCACUCUCCCUACUGCAGCCCUGAGAUUUCUCCAGAUCCCAAGCUGGAGCCGAAGACGCUGAAGUGGGCCAUCUCCCAGUUUGCAUCAGUGGAGAGGAUAGUGGGGCAAGAUAAGUACUUCUGUGAGACCUGCCAUCAUUACACUGAGGCGGAGAGAAGCCUCUUAUUCGACAAAACCCCUGAAGUUGUGACCAUUCAUCUCAAGUGCUUCGCAGCAAGCAGCUCAGAGAUUGACCCGUACGCCGGCCUGUCCAAGGUGAACACCCCCCUGCAGACCCCUCUCAGGCUGUCCCUGGAGGAGUGGGGCACCAGGCCCUGCAAGGAGCACUACGAGCUGUUCGCCGUGGUCAUGCACAGCGGGGUCACCAUCAGCAGCGGCCACUACACCGCCUUCAUCAAGAUGAUGGACCUGAAGGAGGUGCAGCUGACGCAGCGGGAGGAGCAGGAGGAGGCGCGGCCCUAUGGCCCCCAGCAGGAGUUCGACGACGGGGAGGUGUCCUUCAACCUCGGCUCGAAACCAAACCAUGCCACCCCCGCCAAAGCGGGCAGCAAGAAGGGCCUCUUGGGAGGGCAGAGGAGCGUCUCCAGCUUUGAACUGGGGACCGGCAAGCAGGCCAACCCAGAGAAGACCUCGAGUACGGCGGCCGACAGCGGGAAGAGCGAGCGGACGGGCAGCGGCGGGGAGGAGGGCACGGUCCAGAAGAGCGGGGAGGAGGGCGCGGUCCAGAAGAGCGGGGAGGAGGGCGCGGUCCAGAAGAGCGGGGAGGAGGGCGCGGUCCAGAAGAGCGGGGAGGAGGGAGCGGUCCGGAAGAGCGGGGAGGAGGGCGCGGUCCAGAAGAGCGGGGAGGAGGGCGCGGUCCAGAAGAGUGGGAACGCUGCCGAGGAGGGGUGCGUGGCGUCUGAGGGGACCUCCUCCGCCCCGGCCCCGGGCAGCCUGCUGGACUAUGAGGGGAAGUGGAUGCUGUUUGAUGACUCGGAAGUGAGGCUCUUUGAUGAGAAGGACUUCCUGACCGCCUGCUCUCCAGAGACCAGCACAACAUCCACCCCCUACCUUCUCUUCUAUAAGAAAGUCUGCCAAGAGUAAAGCACAUCUUACUCUUGUCAGUGCUUUUGGAUAUUUUGUAAUGUGAGAUGGUGAUGUUUAUAGCCCACGCAGGGCAUGAAAUACCUAUUUUGUCAGAUUUGUCCUUUUGCACAUUUUGAGUAGUGCUGCAUUAGUGAUUUAAUUGGGCCCUCAUUUGUACAGCACUUCGGCACUUACGGUUUGUACGAUACUGUAAGGUGGCUAAUGAAAUUGAAAUUCUAUAUUGAAUAUAUUUUCUCAUGUAUCUUUUUUGUUUUAGAUUACUUCAAAUGCAAUAUAUUCUUCUAAGUCUGGUAUUUUCAGCUCCUUACUUUUAGUUAAUAUUUCAGGAUCAUCAUUUCAAUGUCAACACUAAACUACUGCUGUAAAUAAAUUUGUUUUAGAUUUGAACAGUGCUCAUUUACAACUGUAAUAAUACAGAAUGUGCAGCUCAGUACUCCGUACAGGGAUAACUAAACCAGGCGGUAAAUAGUGAUGUUUGUAGUGAAAGGGGGGGGGGGGGGGGUGUGUGUUUGUGUCCUUGUACUUUUAAUGGUAUGAGUAGCUGUUUUACACAGAGAAAGCCGUUUUAUAGUAAUCCUUUUAAAUAAUUCAGGUGAACACAAUGCUUGUCUGCUUGCACAAUCGCAUGCUUCAGAUAAGGAUAAAUUAAUUUAAUUUGGCUAUACAGGUCACAGUACUGGAUAUAUUAGUCACAGUUUUGGUGUAGUGUCAUGAAACCCUACAGAUUCUGUGAUACAACAGUGUGUGAAAUGCAUAACAUUUUUAAUUCUUUAAUUCCAGAAUGCCAGUUCCUGUUACAUGUAACUGUUUAUUGUCCAUGCUUACAUGUAAAUAUGGCUGUCAGUGUUGUGCCCUGCAAUUCCAGGCAUUUCAACUGCAGCAUGCAUAAAUAACCCCUCUCCUAAGGUACAAUUCAGAUCAGCUGAACCAUUUUCACUGGUCCCCAAAAGGAGGAUAAUCCAAUGACUCACUGGCCGGUGUGAUGGGACUUGUGCCUUCAGAUGUGAUUAAAAUGGUGGCUCCUGUA